AUGGAUAGUCCAUUAGGUGAACGAGGCCAUAAACCCAAAUUUGGAAUGAUGUUUAAGUCCGUUGAAAAUGCAUAUAACUUUUACAAUGCAUACGGACGUGAAGUUGGAUUUAGCGUGAGAAGGGAUUAUUCCAACAAAAACUUUAAAACUGGAGAAGUUACUUCUACCCAAUAUGUAUGUUGCAAUGAGGGUUAUAGAGGAAAUGACAAAAGGGGCCAUCUUACAAAAGAAGCUAGGAUAGAAACAUGGGUCAGAUGUGGUGCAUUCAUGCAUAUAAAAUUUGAAAGGGAUGAAGGAAUAUAUUUUGUAGAUAGAUUUGAAGAGAAGCACAACCAUAAACUUAUUAGAAAAGAUUGCACUCAUUUGAUGCCUUUACAACAGAACAUCUCUGUACCUCAAGCAAUUGACAUCGAGUUGGCAGAUGGACUACCAGUUGGUUCUUCAUAUGAACUAAUGGGACUACAGUCCGGGGCAAGAAAAGUACUUGGAGAAACAGCUAAAUUUGGAGGUGCUUUGAUGUAUGAUGAGACAAUGGAUUCAUUUGUGUGGUUGUUUGAGACAUUUUUGAAGGCAAUGUCUUAUAAAUUUCCAAAGACAAUUAUAAGUGACCAAGUUAUGGCUAUUACAAAAGCAUUGGCAUUGGUGAUGCCCGAGACACACCACUAUCUUUGUAUAUGGCAUAUUAUGCAAAAUGGUAUGAAGCAUUUAGGUAAUGUUAUCAAGGGUCCGAUGGGUAUAAGAAGCAUUUUAUCUGAGUUUAUGAAAGAACAUGAGAACAAAGAUGAUUUUGAAAUAUGUUGGGAGUCCAUGCAAGCCGAGUGCGGUGUUCGUGACAAAUGGUUGUCUGAUAUGUAUAAUUUAAGGACCAAAUAG